CUCAAUAUUUUAAAAAUCAUUGUUUUAAUAUCACAAAUUGUGUCUGUUCAUUUACAGAGGGACCCAAUUCUUAGGAUGAGCCAAUAAAGUGGACAGUUGAGGCAGGACAGAUUGACGGGUUUCAACGUUUGUGUCAUCAGGGAGAAUAUUCUGCUUGCCCAAGGUUGUGAUGAUGUCUGCACCCACUCAACUGCGAGUUAUUAUUGAAGAGACUAAAGUUCACAAGUUGACACUACUAGAUGGAAUCCCUAGCACAGUAGAUGAACUUUUGGCAGCUGCACAUGAUCAUUUUCAACUCCAAGGGAGUUUCACUGUUAUGUACAUGGACAAAGAUUUUGAUAACCAAUUCUUCACUCUAACAUCAACAGAUGUAGUUAAGGACAAAGACACAAUCAAACUAGUUAAAACAGAAGAACCUUCUGUUUUUCUUACAUUGACUCCCAUCAAUGAGGUUGCUGCUUCCCCCCCUCCAGUGUCACUGGAUUUGUCUUUCCAGGAUGACAGUUCCUCACUCCGUUCAUCUGAUACCAUCAUUUUACCACAGCCCUCAGAGUAUCGAUCAGAACCAUGGCCAACAAAUUUUGUGGUACCCACUUUUCCAUAUAAUAUCGAAAUGCUUCUUCAAGCAGGAAAUAAGGCUUAUGAAAGCGAUGGCUCGCUUCUUCAGAAUCCCAGCAUGAACUCUAACAUACUCGAGAAACUUGCUGAGGCAAUAUUCCACUUCACUGCCUAUCCUACUGGUCUUCACAUACUGGCAGUUGUAGAAGCUCUGAUAAAAAAGCAUCCAUGCCUAAGGGAGCCCGGAACCUCAUUCUCAGGCUUGUACGGGUGGCAGCAGCGUCUUAAAUACAAGAUGGCUAAUUACCGUUCUAAAAUGAGAAGGCUUGACGUACCUGGUGAAAAAAAUCCUGCCAAAAAUUGCAAGAGACCAAAGAGAGCAGAGGUGAACUACCUUCCUCCACAUCCAAGUGGAGAAACGAACAACAGUCUGGAGAUGGAGAGACAGGAGCUUCUUAACGAAGUGAAAAAGAAGAACAACACUAAGGUGAUUCAAGAAAAAAUGGAAAAAACAUUCUCCUGUCGAAGGCUUGAGGUAGUGAGUGGGAGUCCAGCUGCUGGCGACUUUCAAGAGAGAUGGCCUGCUUUGUUUUGUGAAGCUGAGGUAGGUGAAUCUAUAAACCCUCAAAGAUGCUUGCUCCAAUAGACAAUAAGAAUUUGUUUUAAUAAAAGAUAUUAUGGACUACUAUUCCUGACUGACACAUGAACAUACAUAAACUUGAAAUGCACUUCUCUCAAAGUUAAAUGUCGACAAAUAGUGUUCCUCUUGAUCAUUGUGCUAGUAUUUGGUCAAUUACCUGAUGUUGUACUUGUGAGUCUUUUGUCAAUUCAGAUAAAGGAGGAAUUCAGGAGGAUUACUACAAUUUCCCUGGAGCAGACCUUCAUGUACAAACUCGACCACUUCACACCAAAACUUAUUGCCCUGAUGAAGGCCAAGGGAAGAGUUGUGGGGACCAAGCUGAGGCCAAUUCUUGGACAAACUGAGUCAGGUGUCUUCGGUAAAAAAUUAACCAAAGCAUUGAGAUGAGACGUGAAGCUAUUAUCCGCAGCCUCAUACUCUACCUUGGUGAGAAAGAAGAGGAACUUUUUGAAGAUUGCCUGGAGGACAACCGCAGUGACGCCACUCAGCACAUUCUCAAGAUCCUGGUGGUCCAUGGUGUUGAUGGAGAGCACCCAGUGGAUGUGUCCAUCAUGCUUGAAGGCAAGGAGAUGUUGCCAGGAUGCGGCAAUGCCGCUAAAGCUUGCACGCUGCUAAUGGGGCUCAUUUAUGCCCUCAACCCCCGACACUGCGUUACACUUUUGAAGUGUUUCAGAAACUGUUCCUAGAACUGGAUGGGAUUAAGCUGUCCCCAAAAGUACAAGCCUGAAAGUUAAAGCUGCUGUCUUAAAUGCUGUACAGUUCAACUUGUCACUGGUCAACUAUUUGUGGGAAGUUGCCAGUUUUGAAUGUUUUACAUUUUGACUAUGGCACCUGUUCUUCCUGUCAUUGAUGUUUAUUACAGAUAAAGGGUAAUAAAAACAUUGUUGUUUUAUUCUUUAUUUUAAACGUUUAGCACCUUAAACUAUUGAUCAAAAUGUUUUAAUGCAUUGUUUUAAUGGCAUACUUGCACUAGUCCAAAGUGCUGAUUUGUAUGUUGGAAUUGCACUGUUGUAAGGUUUUAACUGAAUAUUUAAAAAAGCACCUUCUUUUUGUCAUGUGAUAUGGCCUUUUAUUUUUUAUGUAUCUUGGGGAGAAAAGAAAAUUGAAAUGCAGUGUAUACUGUAAUUUCUUUCUUUAAGUUUUUUCAAAACAGCAAGAGCAUAUCUAAUAUGCAUGCGUUUUUCA